CCCACUCCAAACCUCCCUCUCUCGACCUCGACCCCUCGCCCGCAAAGCCCCGCAAGCCAGCGGCAUCCCGCUUCCUCGGCAGGCUUCCAAGACCCAACCCAACAGCUUCCGAGCGAGUACGGCGGCGGCGACGAUGGCGGCCAAGUCGCACACACGCAAGGCGUUCCUCCUCUGCAACUACGUCCUCCUGGGCGCCUCCUCCAGCUGCAUCUUCCUCACGCUGUCGCUGCGCCUGCUGCCGUCCCCGUGCGGCCUGCUCCUGCUCUUCCUCCACGCCCUCACCGCCGUCUUCUCCGCGGCCGGCUGCUCGGGCUCCUUCACGGCGCCCGCCACGCCCGCGCAGUGGCACAACGCGCACACCGCGGGAGCCGCGCUCACCGCCAUCUUCCAGGGCGCCAUCGCGCUGCUCGCGUUCACCCGCACCUCCGACUUCCUCGCCGAGCUCCAGUCCUACGUCCGCGACGAGGACGGCGCCGUCAUCCUCAAGAUGGUCGGAGGGCUCGGCACCGCCAUCUUCGUCCUCGAGUGGGCCGCGCUCGCGCUUGCCUUCUCCCUCCGCCUCGACGAGGAUGACGACGACGACGACCUCCAGGCCAAGAACUGGCAAUCGUACCAUGUCUGAUCCCAUCCACUGCUGGCCUGGGCUCCUUCAAAAUGAGAUUCUUUGAUGUCUAUUCUAUUAUUGUACUAUUGCUGUCAUUCUUUUGUACUACGGUGUACUGUUAUGACUGUUCAACCAAAAUAAAUAAAUACCAAAGCAAAUAUAUAUUAUUGCUUUUGUUA